UUGAAGAUUUGAAUUCUGCGCAAUGACAGAUGCAAAUGAGGGUGAUCCCAGUCGAAGUUUUAGUCAUAAAGCAAUGUCGUAACCGGCCCUAAGUGCGAAAAAGUGGUGCUACCACCGCCAGUUAGUCAGUCGGUUGUGAAAUAAUGAAUUUCAAAUUGCCAGAGUGUCGCUUCAGCAGUCGGCCAUAGAAUGUCAUGACCUAACCAACAAAUUUUCUGUUGAUUGAUUCAUGAGUGUAGUUAUUUGUUAAAUUCCGGUCUGUGAUAGGAGUAGUGAGCGAAAAUGUCGUGCAAGCAGCGCAAAAUUGCCGUGAUGGGGUACAGGUCCGUUGGUAAGUCUUCCCUGAGCAUCCAGUUCGUCGACGGGCAGUUCGUGGACUCGUACGACCCGACAAUUGAGAAUACGUUCACCAAAACUGUGCGGAUUAACUCGCAAGACUACGAGCUGACUUUGGUGGACACGGCCGGCCAGGACGAACUGACGCUCUUCCCCUCGCAAUACAGCAUAGACGUUCACGGCUAUGUGCUCGUCUACAGCAUCACCGAUAUCCGGUCGUUUGAAGUCGUUGGGACAAUCUUUCACAAACUCCAGGACCUCAACGGGAAAAUUCAGGUACCGGUGGUCUUGGUGGGGAACAAGACCGAUCUGCACAUGGAACGAAUGAUUUCCUACGAAGAAGGGAAAAAGCUGGCCGAAGACUGGAACGCGAUUUUUCUAGAAACGUCAGCAAAACAAACUGCUUCUGCUUCUGAGAUUUUUCACAUGUUGUUGCUGGAAAUGGAGAAGAUUGACGGGAUUCUGGGUGAUAGGUCCAACUGCAUUGUAUCUUAAACGCCAGGUUUCGGUUCUCACUCGAAUCUUUUGUAUCUUUUGGCCUUGAAGCGUUUCCUUUGCUCCUUCAGUCCAGCUUUGCGCGAAUAUAUCCUCUUAGUGAUAGUAUAAGUGAUAGCAAAAUUUUGAAUUCGUUGUGAUUUGUUCAAGUGUUUGUUUCAAAAUAUAUUACUGAUAUUAAAAGUACAAAUUAAUUGUCAGUUCUCCCUUGAUUGUAAGUCACUCAUGCAGCGAUAUUUUAGAUUAUAUUUGUUCGUACUUGUGCAACGUUACACUAGAAGUUGUAAAUUUUAACAGUCGUUAUCGGUUUUCGCAAUCAAGGAUCAUGUUUUACUGACAGUUUUGUAUCAAAGAUUAUUAUACUCCUAGAUUAAAUGUAGUCAUAUGUAUAUUUAUUAUAACUAUUUUUUGUUACUACAAAUAUCAUAAUUUGAAGUAUUAAACAUAAUAUAUUUUGUUAACUUUU